UUGCUGCCUGAUUUCCUCGCAUUUGACACGCGUCCGUGCUUGGCUGCUAACCUCAUCCUGUACACUCUUAGCACAGGUAAACAUGAAAUGUUCAGAAGACGAGUGCAAGACAACCAGAAAUCCAGGAGUCGACAAUGAACACUGUUCUCACUCUCAAAUCCCUACUGCGAACCCUACCAAAUAUCACUUUGCCAGAGAACCAUCCACCAAUCACGAUAUUCAAAUCACAAUUCUCGGGCAUAACUGCCCUACCUGUCGAACUCUGGAGUUUGGUUGUCGAGUACACAGUCCUACACCGCAUCAGUCAAAACGCUCCACCAUUCAACGAAUGCACAGCAGCGCUAGAAUUGCGGCUUGUAUGCCGCAUAUUCAGCAAAGAAGUGCUACACGCCUUACACACCCACGUAUUGAUCGCACACCUCCCUCAAACAUCAUCUACUUUCUUACUACUCUCUUCAUUCCAACUUCCAAAUCAGCAUGCCCUCUUCAGCUCCGCAAUCCUAAACUCUUGCCAUGUCACAUCCCUCCCGAUCGUGUCUCGCAAACUAGCUACGCGCAUCGUAAACUGUCUUGUAAUCUCUAGUAGCCUGUCUAAAAAUGGCUAUCCCGAAUCACAUUGGGACCUUCCCGAAACAUGGGAGCGCUCUUCAUAUGUAUAUCAUGCCAUGGACAUGCUACGCAGGUCGUGUCGGGCAGCUGAACUGUCAAACUGUUGUCAAGAGUAUAUGUGUAGGCCUGAUACAUUUUACGCUAGACAUGGGAAAGAUGGGAAACUGCAGGCAGACAAACACCUCGAGAUUGCGAUGCUUGUUGCUUGUGGGUAUGAGAUCCAAUUGACUAAGAAGCGCAUGAUUCGGCUUGCGAGGAUAGGGAGACUCAUCGGUCAUGGAGGUGAAAAUUUGGCAUGAGGACGAUGAUUUGGAAGACGAAGAAUAUACUUUAUCAUUCUUGGUAUCGACUAUCGCUAUUUCUUCAACUAGCCAAGGGGCUCUCUUCUUGAACUUGUCUUCGCUGCUUUUGCCGCGGUGCGUCACACUGCAACAUCUUCUGAUAACUCUUUCCCCGAUUUCUGC